UUUAUAAUUUUUUUGACGCAUUUUGGUUCUUAUGUUUAACGUUUACUGUCUGUACUCAUUUGGAGUCUGCAUACUUACUAAAAUAUCUACAUUUAUGAAUAAAACAUUUGAUUUAAACAGUGUUUGCGUGUCUGCUGCUGUGGCCCGCCUCUUUCCUCCUGUCCAAUGAGAGCAGAGCAGCGUUCCUCCUGAGCAGAGCUGGCUCAUAUAGCACUGAUUCCAUGUGUUUGUCGGGUUUGUCCCCCCCUCCCCAGUAGUGUGUUGUGUCGGGCAUCACCUGCACCACAGCCGGACCCUCUCCCUCAGAGAUCCGCGGACACACACCACCACCAGUGCAGAGUUGGAGAAAUCCUUCCAGACUGUGAAGAGGAAGAAGACACAAACCAGGUCGAGUGGGAGAUCGGCUUCCUCCAAACCAACAGAGGCUCCUCACCGUAGACAGGGACGAAGUUAAAAGCAUGAGUUCACGCCGCACAGAUGUUAAGGAAAAUCGGAACUCUGACAACCUCUUCUCCAAAGAGGGGGUUGCAGCUGACGCUACUCGGCUCCCCAAUGGGAGUGCUGGGGGUGGGAGGAAAAGGAAACGUCCCUUAGAGGAGGGCAAUAAUGGGCAUACCCAUUCCAAGUACAGGCCCAAGAAGUGUAAGAAAGUCACUGGGCCCAUUCUGCCUAAGAAUGCCCUAAUGCAGCUAAAUGAGAUCAAGCAAGGGCUGCAGUACAAACUGCUCUCUCAGACCGGGCCGGUCCACGCGCCCGUCUUCGCGAUGACCGUAGAGGUCAACGGGCUGCUCUUCGAGGGUUCUGGUCCUACGAAGAAGAAGGCCAAGCUGAACGCAGCGGAGAAGGCCCUGUGCUCCUUCGUGCAGUUCCCCAACGCGCCCAAAGUGCACAGGGUCAUGGGCCGGACUCUGUCUGGUCACACAGACUUCACCUCGGACCAGGCGGACUUUCCUGACAUGCUCUUCAACGCCUUUGAGACAUCCAGUCCCGUAGAUGACCCGUUUUGCCUCGCAUCCAACAGCUCUUUCGGAAUCAAGUACCCAUUGCUACCCUCCCCUGACCCACCUUUACCCCCACACCCUAUGGGGACACCCUUACCCCUAGCGUCGUCCGACUUCAUGUCCCCUACAAGCAGCAAGAACCCUGUCAUGAUCCUGAAUGAGUUGCGGCCAGGCCUAAAGUAUGACUUUGUGUCAGAGAUCGGGGUGAGCCACGGCAAGAACUUUGUCAUGUCCGUGACCGUAGAUGCGCAGAACUUCCAGGGUUCUGGGCGGAACAAAAGGCUGGCCAAGGUCCGGGCUGCACAGGUGGCUCUGUUUUCUCUGUUUAACAUGCAGCUGGAUCAGGCUCCGUCCAGACAGCCGAUACCCAGAGAAGGACUGCAGCUUCACCUGCCACAGGUCCUGGCAGACGCCGUCUCUCGCCUGGUCGUCGAAAAGUUCAGCGAACUCACCGAGGACUUCACGGCUCCACACGCUCAACGGAAAGUUCUGGCUGGUGUCGUCAUGACAAUAGGCGCGGAUGUGAAGGAGGCUCAGGUGAUCUGCGUUUCCACGGGAACAAAGUGCAUCAACGGGGAAUACAUGAGCGACAGAGGUUUGGCCCUCAAUGACUGCCACGCUGAGGUUUUGGCUCGCCGCUCGCUCGUCCGGUUCCUGUACUCGCAGCUGGAGCAUUUCCUCAGUGACCAGGAAGAGGAGCAGCAGAAGUCCAUCUUCACCCAGUGUGAACACAGACGAGGUUUUAGACUGAAGGAAAACGUUCAGUUCCACCUUUACAUCAGCACAUCGCCCUGCGGAGAUGCCCGCAUCUUCUCUCCGCAUGAAGCCGCCAUGGAGGAUCAGGGUGAUAGACACCCGAACAGAAAGGCCCGCGGGCAGCUGCGCACUAAGAUCGAGUCUGGUGAAGGAACCAUCCCAGUCCGCUCCAGUAACACCAUUCAGACGUGGGACGGGGUUCUCCAGGGUGAGAGGCUGCUCACCAUGUCCUGCAGUGACAAGAUAGCCAGGUGGAACGUGGUUGGACUGCAAGGCUCUCUGAUGAGCUACUUCACCGAGGCCGUCUACUUCUCCAGCAUCAUCCUGGGCAGCCUGUACCAUGCAGACCACUGCUCCAGAGCCAUGUACCAGAGGAUCACCGAGAUCCAGGACCUGCCGCAGUCCUUCAGCCUCAACAGACCGCUGCUCAGCGGAAUCACAAACGUGGAGGCUCGUCAGCCAGGAAAAGCUCCUAACUUCAGCAUGAACUGGACGCUGGGAGACCCAGGCUUGGAGGUGAUCAAUGCCACCACGGGGAAAGAUGAUCUGGGCCGACCCUCGCGGCUCUGCAAACACGCUCUGUUCAGCCGCUGGAUGCGCCUCCACUGCAAGCUGUCGUCCAGCCUGCGGAUCCGAACAGUGCGGCCUGGCAGCUACCAGGAGGCGAAGGCGGCAGCGGCGGAGUACCACAGCGCCAAGCAGACGCUCUUCAGAGCUUUCCACACAGCCGGGCUGGGCACCUGGGUGAAGAAACCCGUAGAGAUGGACCAGUUUGCUCUCGCCGACUGAGGUAGAGAGUCAUUGUUUGAAGUGUUUGACAGAACACGUGUCUGGGAUCAGUUUUAGCGGAGUAAGUUCCCUCUGGAUUGCCAUGGACUGGAAGAACGAGGUACGAAAUCCACGUCCGAAUCCAUGGAUUUAAUGUUCCACCUUUGUGUUUUUGUCAUGCACUGAAAGAAGGAUAUUUCGACUUUUGUUUUUUAAAUAUUCAAGGUUUUUCUCAAAAUAAUGCAAGCUUUUUUUUGC